UUGCCAUGGGUUGUUUAGCUGGAUUGGGGUGGUUCAUUCUACUUGUAGCAGUUGAUAACAUUGAGGCACAAAAUAAGCCCCCAAUAAAGAUAAACUCUAAAUGCCUUGGAAACUUGCUGCGUGUGGAUGUCAGUCGACUUGGAGGAAGUUUUCUUGAAGUGUCCGCUGUCAUAAAUAACUCUUCAAUCAUCCUCACGCCAAGUUUAUCUUCUAAGUGUGGCUUCACCAUCAAGAAAGACCACCUGGGAAACGCUGUGAUUUAUGCCUCCGUCCAAAACUGUUUUGCUCGAAAUGUGGACGAUAAAGCAUUCACAACAAAACUACGUCUGCGGCUACAAUCUGACAAUGUGGUAGACAAGUUUUACCUGGUGGAAGAAACUUGCUACUACUCUCCCUGGGCCUCCCGGGAAAUUAUCUGUAAACCCAACUACAUGGAGGUGUCUGUGAAAAAAGCAGCUCCAAAUGAUUAUAACCUGCCUGCAUACCCCGACUCGGAUCCCCGAAAAGCUGCUGAGCAGCCCAUGGACGCAGGCUUCAAAAUCGCCACAGUGGUGUUCCUCACUCCUGAGGAGAGGGUCAUGCAGGUGGACGAAGCCCAGAGAAAUGGUUAUGGGAUCUCAAGCACUCCUACCAGGCUGGUUCUGCGAAGCCCAAAUCCUUCACCUGAAACAUACACCAAGGAUGUAGCAGGUGUGCCGAUGACUGUGCUCAGCACCUCGAUUAGAUUUGAGAAGACGAAGCUGACGACUCAACUUUAUGCAGGAGCCGCUUGUCCUCAAGCUCAGGGUGGGGUUUUCUUUACUGAAACCUCAAUCCGCUGGUUCCUGCCGAGGCGCAUUGCCCCUCUGAUUUGCCCGAAACACUUCAGACUGUUGGAGGUGAACAUGGGCGUCGAUGGGAGGAAGCUCGAAGCUACAGAGAUGUCGGCCAGAAGCUAUUCCCUGACUCUCGAUGACCUUUACGUCAUUGUUGAAAUUCCUAUUGGGGCUGCUGGUUGCCAGAUCAAGAGUCAUGCCCAGGAUGGUCAGUACUUCACUUCUUAUAUGAAUGAGCUGAUGCUCGAGUUGCUCUGGACUGAAGACGACACUAAUGAGGACACGAGAUACAAAGUCUUCCUCCCGGUCGAGACCCCCCUGCAACUUCAACCUCCACAAGUCAUUGACGCCACUGUUCCCAAGGAGAUGAUGUUUAAGGCGUUGAUUGGGCCGGUGGGCUUUGAUGUAAUGCUAAAGAACGUCAGGUCCCCCUAUGGGGUUUUGUCCUUGGCCGACUGCUUUGCCAGAGGCUUUAAAGUCUUUGAUAACAUGUCCCCUAACGGCUGCUCCAAGGUCUAUACUGUUGAAGUGCCCUUCACGGACCGUGUCGUAGGACAAAUGAAAGAAAUGGGAGUUACAAUUUACACCCUUUAUCUGACCUUUGGCUUCCUGGUCCUGCCAAAGCAUGCUCCAUUUACUGCCACUGCUUAUCUGAGAGCUAAACUGGAAGACAUAGGUCUGUACCCAUGGAUAAGAGGAAUUCAUAACAAAAUGAGCACAGUUGUUUCAAAGUAUUUUCCUCCCUCUGCAGCUCCUCCCUCUGUCUCAGGUAGUUGUGAUGAUAAGAAUUUCUAUGUCCUCGUGAAAUACGGGACCAAAGGAUUCAACUUUCAGACCAUAAUGGGAAAACGAAUGCUGAACGAGAGCCUGGCUCAGCAGUACGGCAUCAUGGGCAACGACACACAUUUCAGUUUGAUUGUACCAUCUUCUGCAGCUGAUGCUACGGUUGAGGCUGUUGCGUCGUCAUCCAUCAAGAGCAGACUGGAUGUGACUCUGAGAUAUCCGAAGACCAACAAAACUAUCCAAGACUUCUCCUUGGCUUGCAACUUCGUCACAAAGCUGAUUGAGUGUUUCCCUAAUGGGACCAUCACGGCUAUGGCUAUAACCCUGGAGUCUGUUCCCAGUCUGAACCCCCGACGGCUCACCCUCAGAGACCCCGCCUGUGGCCCCACAUACAGCAACGACCAGUACGCAUAUUUUGUCUUCACUGCAAACUCCUGUGGGACGACCAGAAAGUUUUUGCCCAAUAUGAUGCUGUAUGAGAAUGAAAUCUCCAUCACAGAUGAACUUGAAUUGGGAAAGCUGUCACAGUCGAAGGAGCCGGAGUUUGAGCUUAAGGUGUUCUGUUACUAUGACAUCAACACAAACCAGGCUAUGGGCUUCAACAGUCGACCUCGCAGGAGUGAACCGUACGCUGAUGAUGCACGAGGCGAGAUGCAGGUUGAAAUGAGAGUUGCUUUGGACGACUCCUACAGUGUGUUUCACCGCGUUGAGGACGAUCCCGUCACAAAGUACCUACAACAGCCGCUGUAUUUUGAGGUGGAACUGAUGGGAUCUUACAACCCUAAAGUAUCUCUUGAGCUGGCGCACUGCUGGGCGACGCUGGAGGAGGACAAGAUGUCCCUCCCUCAAUGGGACCUCAUUGUUAACGGUUGUGCAAACUCAAGGGACCCAGUGAUCUUCCACUCUGUUUUGCCUAAGGGCAGAGUUCAUUAUCCUUCCAACUUCAAGCGGUUUGAGGUCCCGAUGUUUGCCUUUGCUGAAGACAAGGAUAACUUGAACCGCCAGGUCUUUGUCCACUGUGAGGUGGUCAUCUGUGAUGUUAGAAAUCCAGUGGAUGUGCAGUGUUCAGACCAGGACAACACGAUGAAGGGACUUGCCGUUUCAGAUGACCCUGGUUUCAAAAGCGUGACUUCAGGACCAAUCAUUAUAAUUUUGUUAUGGAUGGUUGCAGCUAUCAUCUUGUGUCAAGCCAGGCCUAAUGUGAAGCUAAAUUCGCAGUCAAGCAGUGGGUUAAGGUCUGACUGUGCCGCAAAUGUAAUGAGACUGUCGUUGGACAAGGCUUUAGCAGUGGGAAACCAGCUUGAGGUGGAGGCUAUCAAUGGCACCAAGCACAUUUUGUUAACACCUAGCAUGGCUGCUCAGUGUGGAUACAGCAUGGAGUCUGACCCGUGGGGUAACACCAGAAUCUACACCUCCCUGAUGGGCUGCUUUGUGGACAACAAGGAUGAUGCUACAUUUAACGUUGGCUUGAGACUCAAGAUGUACGGCGAGAAUCCAUCAGACGUGGUCAGUCAUGAUGUGUCUCAAACUUGCAGCUACACUCGCUGGGCCUCCAGGGAGAUCCUCUGCGACAGGAACUACAUGGAAGUUUCGCAUCACAUGGCUAACCUUGAUGCUGAAGCUAAGGGUCAGACUCGGGAUGGUAAAGACGAGAAGCUCAACGCCAAUCUUGAAGCCUCUGGUGCAUCACAAGGUAUCUGGAAGAUGACGUUUUACACCCCAGAACCAGUGGCCAUGGUGUUGCAAGAGGCUGAACAAGCCGGCUACGCUGCCAAAACUACCUCUAGUCGUCUGGUUAUGCGAAGCCCGUACAAUACAGCAGAGACUUAUUCAGAGGAUGUGGCUGGAGUCCCCAUGGAAGUUUUCAUGGUGAGCGCCUACUACAUGGCACCACAGGGUCUGAAUGUAGUGAACUUGGCAGCUGCUUGUCCCAAAGGUGGCGUCCUCUUCACCGAGGAUAUGAUCGCUUGGCACGUACCUCGCCGUGUGACUCCUCUGUUGGACGGCAGAAUUACAGUCUCAGAAAUGCACAUGGGAAUCAACGGGCAGAGGCUUGAUAGAUCUCAGAUGGCCGCACGGGGGUACACACUGAGCACCACAGACUUCCACAUCAUCGUCGAGAUCCCAGUGGGCUCGCCUGAUGGUUACUACAAGAGCCAUGCCCCAGAUUACCAGUACCACAUCACCUACUUUGUGGAGCCCAUGCUUGAGGUACUGUGGAGAGAAGAUGACACCCAAGAUGAUACCAGAUACAAGGUUUUGUUCCCCAUCAUGACCCCUCUGAUGCCUCAAUCUCCCCAACUCCAGGAUGACACUGUCCCAGAGACUCGGGUGUUCAGCGUUCUCUUGGGAACCUUCCUCCAUGACGUUGAGCUGAGGAACAUCACCUUCUCCACCGGGGUCCUUACUGUUGAGGAGAGCAAUGCCAAAGGCUUCACAGUCCAGGAACGAAGCUUGGCUAAUGGCUCCAAGAGCUUCUCUCUUCAAGUGCCCUUUGAUGCCGAUGUUGUCUUAAAACAUAAUCCUGAGCGCUUGGUUACAUCCUACUUCCUCCCUCUGAUCUUUGGGUUGAUCGUCCUGCCUGAAGAAACUCCUUUUGCUCUCCCGGUCGACCUGCAUGCCUCUCUGCAGGAUGUUGUGUUACCCAUCAUGGCUGGCACCUGUGACCAGAACCAGUUUUACAUCAGCGUGAAGUUCGGGAGUCACGGCUCUAAUUUCAAGGCUAUCGUUGGACCUCGAGAGCUGACGGCUGAGAUGGCUGAAGACUACAAUUUCUAUGAGAAUGGCACACACCUCAGCCUCAUUCUGCCAUACACUGCCAAGGACGCUGUUUUCGAGCUGCUCACUGCAGAAUCAGUCAAAUCCAGAAUUGACCUGCUUCUGUUGGAUCGUGCAAACGACUGGGUGCUUGCUGAUCUCUAUCUGGCUUGCUACUUCCCCUUAAAAGCAACAGAGUGCCACCCCAAUGGCACAAUGACCGCUGUGGCUGUGAAGGUUGAAUCGACUCGUAAUCUGAAGCCAAGUCAGCUGACGCUAAAGGACCAGUCCUGCACACCACAGUUCAGCGACGAUCGCAUUGCAUAUUUCUCCUUCAGUGUGGAUACCUGUGGAACCACCAGAACGUUCUUUGACAACUACAUGAUGUAUGAAAAUGAGAUCCGCCUGUCUUACAACAACGCCAAAGGAGCAGCCAACACAUCACCAGUUGAUCCUGAUUACAGGCAAACUAUUUCCUGCUUUUAUGUGGUCAAUGAGACUCAGAAUGUUGCCUUCAGCGCUAAACCAAGAACCUAUGAGCCCGCUGCAGAGAUCGGCACCGGCCAGCUGAUGGUGCAGAUGAGGCUUUCCCAAGAUCCAUCCUACGAGCGCUUCUACCAAGCAGAGGAUUAUCCAGUGGUGAAAUAUCUGCAGCAGCCUCUGUAUUUUGAGGUGGAGCUGAUGCAUUCUACCGACCCGCACUUGGAACUCAUUGCUGAGAACUGUUGGGCAACCCUUUAUGAAGAUGGGACAUCUCUGCCAAGCUGGGACAUCAUUGUGGACAGCUGUGAGAAUCGCAAUGACAGCUAUGCAACAAUUUUCCAUCCCGUUGUGAGUGACUCCAGAGUUUUAGUCCCGUCCCACAUCAAGCGCUUCUCUGUAAAGAUGUUCACUUUCACUAAAGAUGACAAGGUUCUGAAAGACCAGAUCUAUGUCCACUGUGAUGCAGUGAUUUGUGACAAAAGCAGCCAGGCAGAUGGUUCCUGCAGAGGCCAGUGUGUGCAUCCUCCAGGUCAGAGCUACUCAAGACCUGCAGGUGUAAAAAAGGAGCGAAGAAGCACCGACUCAACACGCCAAAGGCAGAUCUCCUCUGGGGCAAUUAUUCUGGCUAACCUUUGAAUAUUUUCUACAAGUGUUUACAUUUUGUCAUUUGCACCUUAUGUAAUUUUGUUCAUUGUUUUCUUUGGGACAAGGGUAACAGUUUUAUCAAUUAAUGUACUGUACUGCCUUUUAUAUUGAUGGAUGACAGUAACGA